AUAAACAGCCGUAGACGUGUCCAGUGUUCAGUAAAUAAUCAAAAAUGGCAAAGAAACUACAUUAUUUCAAUGUGAACGGUCUCGCUGAGGCGAUAAGGUACAUUUUACAUUACACGAAACAGGAGUUCGAGGAUAUCAGACACGAUCUUGCAACUUGGCCUGAUGAAGAAUUUAAGAAAGCUCUCCCUUUCGGCCAGCUGCCCAUAUAUGUGGAAGGUGACAAGGUUCUCAACCAGUCGCUCGCUAUUACUAAGUAUGUAGCGAGGGACAGCGACCUGAUACCAGCUGAUCACUGGCAGCAAGCCGUGCUUGACAGUACAGUCCACAAUAUUUAUGACUUCGCCAAAAGUCUUGUACAAUACAACCAGGAAAAAGAUGAAACAAAGAAAGAGGCUCUCAAAAAAGUAAUUGUUGAAGAAACCGUUGACUUUUACUUCUCAAGAUUCGAAAAACACUUAGCAGAUAAUGGUGGAUUCUUUAUUGGAAAGUUAUCGUGGGCUGAGUUUAUUCUAGUCGGUGUAAUUGAAGGAUUCAAUAUUUUCCUGGGCAUUGAAAUUGAAAAGAACUAUCCCACUGUGAAAAAACUGGUUGAGAAGAUCACUCAUCUGCCCGGAGUUAAGGAGUACAUUGCAUCUAGAGAACCUUACAAAGCUCCCCAACUAAGGAAAUGAAUUAAAUAAAUCUAUCUAUAUUAUUUGACACAA